AUGUCUUCCUGGAUUUCCAAGUACACCUGAGAACGAACCCCAAACUCAGAUAUGGAAGCAGCUUGCAAAACAGAGACAUCCAAAAAGAAAGCACCUACCUUGGAACCAUCCAGUGCAGCACAGCUUCCUCUGAGCACCAACUGUCUGGCAUGCUCAGACGACGGCAGUUACCUCAGCCUGGGUCACUCGCAGGGCUUGUCUGUGUGGUGCGCAUCUUCUCUGAUCUGUGCUGCUGAGUGGCUGCACGACACACUGGAAAUUACAUCUAUUCAAAUGACCAGAAUGGGUGAGACGGCCUAUCUGCUCGGCACUGUUGAUGAUAUGGGUGUUGCCCGAGUCUUUGCAUAUCACUGUGACAGCAUUCACCUCCUCACUGUUAUUAACAUCAUGGAAAAUGUCAACAAAAGGAGCAUUUGCUUGACAUUUGAAUUGUGUGAGGGUGGAGAUUAUGGAGCCGUGUCACUCAGAUGUAAUGGUGCAGCUUGGCUUGAGGUUUAUAACUUCCCCACAGAAGCAUGGCUGAAAGAGUUAGAGGCGGCGCAAUCACAAAAUCAGGAUCCAGAUUCAUCUGGAGAUGUGGACCUGAAAUGGUCUCCAGUUGCAGUGGUAAUUAAAGUAAAGGCACCUAAAAUUUCAGCAGGGGCUGCAUUGGAUGGUCCCCCUGAUGUGUUGCAGAUGACAGACUUUUUUACACAAUGUUUGGCUCUGGACGUAGAAACCAGCAGCAGUCAACAAUGGGAGGAGCAGUCUUCUGAUACAGACGCAGAAAAAACGAAGGAAACGAAUGAAAGCCUGAGAUGUUGUACCCAGCACUUCCUUCUGCCUUGUGGACAGUUUCCUGGUGGCAGUAAAGCAAAGUCUCAGCCAGGGUUGCCUGUUGCUAUCUGUGUGUGGUGGAGUGGCAGCCAUAAUCUUCUUCAAUAUUUGCUGCAAAAAGCACCAAAGAACAAACCAGAUGUGGAGCCCACGCCAGAUGUGUUGUGGCCAAAUGCAAAGGAAAUCCUCUGCUCUGCUGUCAGUAGAUGCACCCGUUUCGUAGCUCUUGGCCUUGACGGUGCUUUGGUGUGUGUGUGGGACAGGCAAACCGGGUCUCCUUUGUCUGUUAUCUGCAUGUCAGCAGCAACACACAGUGCCUUCUUCAGGAUGUUAUUUGUGAAUUCCUGGCCACAGUCUGCUGAUGACUUCCAGACUUUUACCCCAGCAAACAUCCAUCUUUUGGUGUUGUGUAAAAGUGGAGCAAUUCAUACAGUCACAGCGGGACGAGGGACACAGUCCUGCACUGUGCAGCUCACCGAAAGGCCUAAAGAUAACGGGGAACUACCAACUGUCACUGCACCAAUACCAUUUCUGCAGAGUUUGUUGCUCAUGGUGCAGAGAAAUGGGAAAAUGUUCCUUCAAGAUGUCAUCAACAAAACCAUUGUUUGCUUCUUGAUUCCUCCCACAACUCAUGUGAUCGCCACUCCCUGCAAUCCUGUCUAUGCUCUGAACAUCAAACAGCAGACAAUGUUCAUUAAAGGUGACCAGGACCCGAGCUGCAGUGGGUCUCCUGAAGAAGGAACCCACAGUAAGCUUUUCAUGUUCUAUUUUGGAGAGCAUGACAUCAUCAAGCCGAAUAUCAUUUUCCUUCAAGAUUCACCACGGCAACAAAACACACCGAGCCGUGUCAUUCUCGAAGACACCUGCAAUCUCUACCUCCAGCACAGAGCACUCUCAGUCGAUGAAAGGAACAAAAUCAUAAUGCAGACAUGGAAGCAGCUUCAGGAAAGUGCAGAGCAGAGACACAGCAGAGCUGCAGCCAGCUGAGAACAGCAACAGAUCUUUAUUGCACAGAGGUACUUUUGUAUUAAUGUGCAUUUUAAAUUUAUUGUGCAUUUUAUAUUUAUUUUAUGGUGGUUCGAAGCGUCUACUAAACCCUUUUAAACAUUGACUGCACUAUUCUCCUCGACACACAGUGCCUAUUUAUACAGUUUUUUUCUGUGUGAAACUUCUGUAAUUAGUGCAGUAUAGUA